GAGUCCUCCCGGCCACUGGAGGCACUGCGGACCAGCUCCUCAGCCUGCGGUUGAAACGGAAAAUUCUGGAAACGCGCAGCAAAUCAAUCUGUGGAAAAGGAAGCGUUUGAUGUUCCAGGUUGGGGACCCUUCAUGCGGUGAAUCGCCUCGAACGGCCAGCUGGAUGCUGUUCCGCGCGGCUGGCGAUGUAAUAGGUCUUCGGGCCUCUGGCGGCGCUGCCACCGAGUUUCUCCCAGCCGGUGGGGGUGUAGUGAUACCUCCCGCACGCUGGCGGCGCUGCAGACACUCGGCCUGUGUGCGUGUGGGUGUAGUGAUACCUCCCACUCACUAGAGGCGAAGCGACAUUCCUCUCCGGAGUUGGGUGUAAUGACACCUUUCGACCGCCAGCAGCGCUGCGACCCCCCCUUUCCCUCCGACAUAGAGCUUCAGUGAUAGCGCCCGUGCAAAAGUGCAGCUACGACCCACCUCUCUAGCGUGGGAGGGGUUGCGACCCUCCUCUCCGGCUUGGAGGGGGAGCAGUGAGGGUGCAGUGAUAGCGCCCGUGCAAAAGUGCAGCUGCGACCCUCCUCCCGGGCGAGGGGUUGCAGUGAUACCUCCCGUGCGGAGGUGGAGCUGCGACCCUCCUCUCGGGCGAGGGGGUGCAGUGAUACCUCCCGUGCGGAGGUGGAGCUGCGACCCUCCUCUCGGGCGAGGGGGUGCAGUGAUACCUCCCGUGCGGAGGUGGAGCUGCGACCCCCUCUUCCCCGGAAGCGGGGCCCCCCAAAACACCACGGCCUUAGAGACUGAGAGGGAGCGGAGCAGCGGCAUGGAGUUGGAAUUCGAGCUGGAGAUGUUGCAGGAGUAGCCAUGGCGGAGGAGAAUGCCCCUCAGCUGGCCGACUACUUCGUGGUUGCAGGGCUGACGGAGGGCUCAAAGCCUCUGGAGGAGGGCGGCCACCGGCUGGCCCGCCCGCUGGAACCUAUCUCCGACGUGGCCGUCAUCAUCCGAUCGCUGGGAGAGGAGGUGCCCGAGGGCUUCACCUGCAUCGAGACCACGCCCAGCGGCCAGCCCGCCGACCUCAGCUCCGGCCUUCUCACCCCCUCCCACAUGUACCUGUGCUACAAGCGGGGGCGAGGCAAGGCCCCGCUCAUCGACCUCGGGGUGCUGUGCGAGGGGAAGGAGAGACUGAAGCCGGGGUGUCGGACCAUCGAAACCACCCCGUACAGCCGGCCAGCGUACAUCAGCGGCGGGGGGGCCAGCCUGCAGCCCCGUACCUUCCUCACUUACCGCCGGGCCUCUGACUGCCAAUCGCACAGCGGCCUGGCCGUCACCGACGUCUGCCUCAUCGUGCCCAGCAAGGGAGAGGUGCCCCCACACACCUACUGCAAGGUGGACAGGAACCUCAACGCUGGCAUGUGGGGACCUGCCAUCUACCUGUGCUACAAGAAGGCCAUGGCCAAGGGCACGGCUCUGACCUACGAGGCAGGACUGGUCAGCAGAUACCCUGAGACUGAUAGUGAGUCCUUCCCUCUGCCACAGACGGUGCCCAUCUUCUGCCUUCCCAUGGGGGUCACCAUCGAAAGCUGGCCUGCCCAGCCCAAGUACCAGCUCCCCGUCUUCUCCACGUUCGUACUGACCGCUGCCACUGGAGUCAAGGUGUACGGCGCCGCCAUCCAGUUCUACGAGUCGUACGCGCCGGACAAGCUGACGGAAAAGCAGCGUCUUAGCCUGGGGCUCCUGAGCCUGAUCGAUCGCCGACCCAUCCUCUCUAAGUCUGUGCAGGCCAAGAAGAGCAUCUGCGUCCUGUCCCACUGGCCCUUCUUUGACGUGUUCCAGAAGUUUCUCACCUUCGUGUACCGCUACUCCGUCUCUGGGCCACACGUCCUUCCCAUCGAGAAGCACAUCUCGAACUUCUUGCACAACGUUCCCUUCCCCUCACCUCAGCGACCCCGCAUCCUCGUCCAGCUCUCUCCCUACGACAACCUGCUGAUCUGCCAGCCAGUGACCUCACCCCUCCACCUCAGCGGGGCCAGUUACCUGAACCUUCUGCAGAACCUGGCUCCAGAGAACACGGUCGCCCUGCUGCUUGCCCUCCUCACUGAGCAGAAACUCCUGCUGCACUCGCUGCGGCCAGCGGUGCUGACCAGCGUCUGCGAGGCUCUCGUCUCGAUGAUCUUCCCAUUCCACUGGCAGUGUCCCUACAUUCCCCUAUGCCCGCUGACCCUGGCCGACGUGCUCAGCGCCCCUGUCCCCUUCAUCGUGGGCGUCCACUCCAGCUACUUCGAGCUUUACGAGCUGCCCCCGGACGUCGUCUGCGUCGACCUGGACACCAACACCAUCUCGCAGAAUGAAGACAAGAGGAGUGUGACCGUGAAGUCUCUGCCCCGCAAACCCUGCAAGGUCCUGCUCAGCUCCCUAGACCGCCUCUACCAGCAGCUCGACCAACUGUACAAGCCGGCAGAGGAGGCGACUCUGGAGUAUCUGCUGACGGAUUACGACCUGAUCUACGGCCGCAGGAAGCAGCUGGAGCUGGAGAUCCAGGAGGCUUUUCUCCGCUUUAUGGCCUGCACUCUGAAGGGCUACCGAUCCUACCUGAUGCCCAUCACUCAGGCUCCCUCAGAGACCACCACAGAUGCUAACUCCCUCUUCAACCUACAGGGGUUCCUCAAGAGUCGCGACCGCGCCAGCCUCAAGUUCUACACACUGCUGACCAGGACUCAGCUCUUCAGCCAGUUCAUCGAGGAGUGCUCCUUCGUCAGCGACCGGCACUCCAGCCUCGAGUUCUUUGACGGAUGCGUUGAGAAGGUGGAUGUGGAGAAGAUGGACGCCGCCCGCCUCAUUGAGUUGGAUGAAUCACAGCGGAGCGAGCACACCGUCUUCAUCAUGCCUCCCGAGGUGCUCCAGACUCCCGACAGCCAGGAUCCGCCUCAGCUGUACAGCUACGAUGGGUUUCCCCUGCUCCGGCCCGAGCUGUUCGACGAGCCGCAGGAGCUUCCGAAGAGCCAGCAUGGUUACAGCCAGCCCCGGAGCAGCGCCCCCAGCAGCCCUGCCCCCCGGAGGACAAAGCAGGAGAUUAAGCUGGCGCAGAAGGUUGCACUGAAGUACUCUGUGAUACCCGAGAUGUGGGCCAAGUAUCUCCUGGGCCAGUGCUACGCCCUGUGGUUUAUCUACCUCCCUACCCUGGUCCGAGCCAAUCAGCUGAAAAUCCGAGCCCUUCACACCGCCUACGACGUGCUGAAGAAGAUGGAGGCCAAGAAGGUGGUCCUGCCUGAUGAGGUGUGUCACCGGAUGCUGAUGCAGUUGUGUGGGCAAUACGGGGAGCCAGUGUUGGCUGUCCGUGUACUGCACGAGAUGAAGAAAGCUGGAAUCAUCCCCAACGCCGUCACCUACGGAUACUACAACAAGGCGGUGCUGGAGAGUAAGUGGCCGUCCCGCAGUCAGGGGGGGCGCCUGAGGUGGGCAAAACUCCGCAACGUCAUCAUAGCAACGGCCCAGUUCCGCCGGCCCCUCCGGGAGCGACAGGGACAGCUGGUGGCAGGGACUGUGCGGGAUAGAUCCCGGGAGGAGGGUGUGAAGGCUGCACCCCGGGCCACACUGCAGAGACACACCACCUGGUCAGGCAGCAGUGGCAGCCUGGACUGGGAAGUACAUUCCCCUCCCCUGGUAAAGAGCAGGAGCACCAGCUGUGCCAGGACCAAGAGCAGCCCUCUCUCCCAGGACCGGACCCCUGGCUCUGCUUCCCCCAACUGGGCUGGGCGUCUGGUCAGCAGGGUCAGCCGUGCCUCGUCUCGGGACCGUCUGCCCAAUGGGCCAUCCAGAGCUGGCCUCCGGGCUCCGUUCACCAGUCCCCGUCGUCUCAAGCCACCCAAGGGCGCCUCCCCCGCGUCCCAAACAGAAGAUCUGUCUCCCGAGGGUGGGGGCCAGUGGUCGGACGUCCGGCCUGGCCGGAGGGGGGGCAGUGGGCUGGAUGAGAACUCCAACAACGUCCGGCUGACUGGCCGCGGACUCUCCCGGAAGAUCCAAAGCCUGCUGACCGCCUCGUCCAACCGGAGGCCAGCGCAGGCCCCAGCCGGAGCGCUCGGCCGCUCCUCUUCCCUGGCACGGCAGACCGGCUCAGCGGAGAGACUGGGGCCGCAGGCAGCAAGAGACACGGACAGCGAGGAUCGGGUGUCAGCGACCGACCGUGAAUCCACUGACUUGGACUCGUCGAGCUCUGACCUGCGAGAGAUGGCGGACUCGCGAUCCAGAACAUCCUCCUGCAGCCUGCAGACAUCCACCGUCGAGGUGCUGCUGUCGAGCUGCUCGCGCUGUACGAGCUGUGCCUCGCUGGUCUACGACGAGGAGAUCAUGGCUGGCUGGGCGGCGGAUGACUCCAACCUCAACACCAGCUGCCCCUCCUGCUCUUCCUCCUUCGUCCCUCUGCUCAGUGUCGAAGUACAUGAACCUCAGAUCCCGACAGCCAGUUCGCGGGAAGGCUCGGUGAGUGGCGCCAGCGUCCCCCUGUCCCUGACCGACCACUCGGGGAGCAACACUCAGUCGCCCGUCUUGAGUGACCGCGGUCACAUCCUCAGCGAGGAAGAGCCUGUGAUGGAGGGUACCGGCCGGUGGAGCAGCAUGUCGAGCUGGUUGGGGUGCGGCAGUGGGGAGCUGGAGCCGGAGCGGGUGAAGGUGGCCUACGUUAGCCCCCUGGUUCUGCGCAAGGAGGUGGAGAGCCUGCUGGAAAAUGAGGGUGACUCAGUGCUGUCGCAGGUUGAACUCAUCGACAACCAUCCCAUCAUCUUCUGGAACCUGGUCUGGUACUUCCAGCGGCUCGAGCUGCCGCACCACCUGCUGCGACUGGUGCUGACCUCGCGCCACGCCCGCGCCACGCCACAGGAGCCCCCGGUCUGGGUGUGCAGUAACGUGAUGCUCCGUGUUCGCACCCUGUGGGACGUCCUGACCGUUGACCCGGACCAUUGCCCCCCACUCUAUGUCCUCUGGAGGAUGUACAGUCAGAUCCCACAGCACCGGUGGAGGACAGUGCAGCAUCCUGUCACGCUCAGCUACCUGGAGGAUGUGGUCACUCAUGUGGGGCUGAAUGAAGUGCACAAGGCCAUCAGCCUGAUCCGGGACACGCCACGCCUUCAGGAAGCUGGUUCUCCACAGCAGAGGAGCCUGUACAGAGAGAUCCUGUUCCUGACCAUGGCUGCCAUCGGCAAGGACAACAUGAAUGUUGCUGCUUUCGACAAGAAGUACCAGACGGCCUGUGCUCGCCUGGCCAGUUCCCUGAGCCAGGAGCAGCUGAAACGGGAGCGUAUCCUACCUCCCAGCAUCAAGGCCAUCGACUGCCGGAAAACCUUCGGAGCACUGCUGGAAUGUUGAAGUGAUGAUCUCAGGAAAAGGCUGGCAUGCAGGAGGCAGGGGAUUGUAGAGUGUCAGAGAGUGGGAACAGACACCACUCCCUGUCUGCUGUGUCUGUGUGUGUCUGUCUAUAUAAUAUACUGUAUAUAUUUAUAUGUUAUAUUUUCUUGUGAGCCUAAUCAGAAUUGCACUGUGGGGGUUGUAACUGAGUCGCAUCCUGUAAAUAUCAAAAUAUUUAACCCUGCACAGCGUGAUGCAGGGAGUAGGAGACGAAAGAAAUAGAGAGAGAAAGAGUUAGUUAGUGGGCUGCAGGAAGCUCGGAGAAAGUAUUUUUUUCUUAUCUAGUUUGUGAAGCUGUGUGUGUGAGAGAGCAUUAACAGUGUGUGUGUGUGUGAGAGAGCAUUAACACUCUGUGUGAGAGAGCAUUAACACUGUGUGUGUGUGUGUGAGAGAGCAUUAACACUGUGUGUGUGUGUGAGAGAGCAUUAACACUGUGUGUGUGUGUGUGAGAGAGAGCAUUAACACUGUGUGUGUGUGUGAGAGAGCAUUAACACUGUGUGUGUGUGUGAGAGAGCAUUAACACUGUGUGUGCGCACACGCG